UUUUACAAAAUUUGAAGUAUCUAUAAAGUCAGCGCAUGCAUGACUGUUUGUGUGUGAUUGUAAUUUGUAACUCAUAAAACCGUCUUGAAAACCGUCACAGAUACUCACUAUAAGCAUAUAUAUAUCGGUCCUUUCCACUCUGACCGUCACCCAUGUAAUCCUGACGACUGUAAUUCAGAGCAACGUCGAAGAGGGGAUUAAAAGGCAAAACAAAAUAAGUAUCCCCCCAGGGCCAAGCCGCAACAGUCGGGAGAAAAACACAUCCGGAGCAGCUCAGCUGCGCACGUCGCGCGCGCGCGCAGUCGAACAAGCAUAUCAGCCGUUCUCGUGUACACACACACACACACACACACACACACAUAUAUACACAGACUGAUGCUUGCGUAUAUCUGUACAAGCUACCUACUCACUUGUCCAUCAGUGAAAACAGUGCGAAAAAAGGAAGAAGACAGCGCCUCCGAAACAGAAAAGGCGAUGUAAACAGUGCGGGAAAUGCGCGUGGAGAGGAAGAAUAUAGCUGUAUAGUUGGCUGUACAGCAAUAGCGCAGCGGGUGGUGGAGGUGGAGGAAACGGCUGAGUGAGAAGAAGGUCGCUAAAAACGCAUUGUGAAGCAGAGGUGUUUUGCUGUUUCUUGCACGGUCUUGCGAGUCGUUCUUUUUCCUGGAUUUCCAGAAUUUUGCACUGUAUGCGUAUUGCUUAAUUGCUAUAUGCAGCCAAGGGUCGAAUGCACGCUGAAGAAGAUCCGCGCCAAGACGAAGACGAAGAGGAAAAUCUCCGCGAUGAGAGCCAACCGUAGCAGCAGCAGCAGCCUCGACGGCUCUAAAGGCUAGAGUCACUUGCAUCAGGGCUCGGCCAUCCAGCUGCACACGCUUCGUUUUCUGGGGAUAUCCACAGCUGAGAAGUACUCGCUUGAUGCAGAACCGAGUGAGCGCCGCCACAGCAGGCCUGCCGCAACAUGCAACAGGAAGGAACUCCGAAGUUCCUCAAGUUUCACCAGGGCAGCGUCAGGGGCGUUGCGUUCAGUCCCCGGGAUAGAUACCUCUUCUGCUCGGGCGGCUACGAUGGAAAAGUCAACUUAUACUCGGCACUUCGUAUGGAAUUGCUUAUGUGCUAUCAAAUAACACCGAUGACACAAGUUAAGAAUGUUAACGCUGUGCGUUUCACCUCGGAUGGUUCAAGGAUAUUAGCAGCGACGAACACUCGGAGGCUGGUCGUGGUUGACGUGGAACGAGGCGAACAGCUUUUGUCCUACGACAACUGCGCGUUUGGAGGAAGGGACAGAACGGGUCUGGCGACUGAUCCUUCUGGACCAAAUCUAGCUGUCUCUGUAGCUGCCAAUGGUAAAGGUUUGACUCUCAUCGACCUACGGAUGCCACUGCCUUUAGAUUUUGUUUAUGACUUACAUGGAUCCAUUAUCAGAGACAUUUGUUUUUUACCUGCAACAUGGCCCUGGCAAAACUCGAUACUGACAGGGGGAACUGAUGGUACUUGUAAAAUCUCUUCACCAGACGGUCGAGUUCUGUAUGCUUUUCAAACUGGACACUCUGUGAACUCAGUCUGUAUAACUCCUGAACCAUACUGCCGAAGUGCCGAAGAUGGGUUUUACAGUUUGAUCAUGAGUGGAGGCGAUCUUGUUUCGGCCUAUGUCCCAGACUCCGGGAUUCAGGAACUUUUAAAAGAACACAAGGACUCUCCGGUAUGGAAACUCCGCUACACUUCAAAUGGUAGCACUUUGUAUUCCGUGUGCGACGGCGGUAUUUUAAGAAGAUAUAGGCGAUAUCCUGAUAGGCAUGAAUACCUUGGUGAGGUAUACCGACAUAAAGGCGACAUUCAAGACUUGGACAUUUCACCUUAUGAUGAAUAUAUUGUAACCGCUUCAAAAGAUCGAAGCGUUGGAGUGCUUUUGCUCGGGCCGCCAAAUCAUGGUUUUACCGAGUACACCGAGCUCACCUGAUAGAAGAAAGAUUUGCAAUUCCGUCCUUAGUCGACAUGUUCAGCGUAAAGCGCUAUAGCAGCAGACAAAGAUUACAAUAUAAUAACGAUACAUACAAUCGUCUCUCCAACGCCGGAGCUGCAGCAGUCAAAAUACUGCGACGGCGUCGGGAAGACUUAUUUAUAUUUUGUACAAAGUAUAAGACAUUGUUACUGUUAUCAUUUUAAAAAAAAAAUUUAACGUAAAUGAGAAGAUGAAUUAUACGAAAUAAGACGAGCGAGGAUCAUACAAAGGAAGCAUAGUCAUAUAGUUACGUCGUAUUUAAGUAGGAUACCCAUUUAUUUUAACAAAGAUUAUUCUUAAUAAAUUGUUUGUUUAGGUUUACUCAAUGAUAUCUAUAUUUGUAAUAAUGCGUUGCAACAUAGUUUGUUUCUUCGAUUUCUGUAUAUCUUUCUCUACUUUGUUCAUAAUGGUAUCAUUUUGUUUUUUCUUUUAACAAAUCAAAGAUGAUCUAUGAAAAUAAUAGGUUCUAUUCAAAUGCAUUCCUUAAUUUUGAUUUGAUGUCAUAAUUUCAAACAGUUUAGACCAACGUUUUAAUAUAAAUCUCCAUUUCUCUAUGAAGAUUGCAAAUGAUCAUUACUCGUCGAAAAAAGGCAAUAUGUAAUCAGAACGAGCUAUACAUAUAAUUUUCAUUUCACGUUUUGAAAUUAUUUCUGUCUUUAUCAAAUAAAGAUUUUUAGAAAGAUCACACAGUUUUACUUUCAAAUGUAUAAGUGGAACAAACUUGUCGAUAAACUAGUUAGUGGUAAAAAUCUAAAGAACCUGCUUUUCUAUGUGUUCGAGUUGGCGUUUGACUUUAUUCAUAUAGGGGCUUCUAUAAACUGUUUUAUUUGUGUUUAUUUUAAGGUCAUUAUGUGCUUGCUAUGAUCUUUCAAUUUAAAACCAAAUGUUAUUCGCUAUUUUUAAUAAAAAAUUAAAGUUA